AUGGCCUUAYUGUUGAGCUGUCCCGACAAGGAAAUCAGUGAAACGUCAAUAAGGAACAUAUUUACAACCUUCAUUCAGUUAAUUUACAAGGUGUUYAGGCAAAUGAGUAAGGUGAUGAGAAACACUUGGAGAGAAACACUUGGAAAGUACCAGCCUAGAGUGUUUAAAACUAUGAAAAGCACAAGGUGUAGUGUAGAUUGCACUGAAUUCAAGGUGGAAACCUCAAGGGAUUUCGCAAGGCAAGGAAAUAUCUACUCGUCAUAUAAACACGGGAACACUUUCAAAUGUAUGAUUGCAGUAACACCAAGUGGCGGUGCAUGUUUUGUUUCAGACCUAUUUGAAGGUGAUAUCUCAGAUGUACAGCUAUUUGAAGAAAGUGGUAUAUUGAAGCACAUAAAUCCAGGUGAUGUCAUCCUUGCAGAUAGAGGUUUUACAGUGCAAGAUCUUGUGAAUCCUUUGCAAGCCCAUGUUAACAUACCUGCCUUCUUAAAAGGGAGAGCUAGCCUUAGUGCUGCCGAAGAACUUUCAACUCAAAAGAUUGCGAAGGCAAGAAWCCAUGUUGAAAGAUUUAACCAGCGCCUUAAGCAAUUCAAGUUAGUGGGUAGAACAUUUCCAUUGUCCCUUUCACCUUUAGUAACACAAAUGGUUGUAGUUGCCUGUGCCUUGGUAAAUUUCCAACAAGUACUGUGUAAAUGA